AUGGCCGAUCGUCCCAUAGACUCAGCGACAAUAGAAGCAGUUGCUUUUCUCUUUGGGUCUCUACCAUCUGCAGAUGACACGUCACCAACUCAUAAUACCAGUAUUAGUACUGAUGCUGCAGGCCCCACGUUGGACGACUAUCAGGAGCAAUAUAAUGAGAAUGUGCAUCCCGAUAUGUCUUGGUUACACGAACCCGUAAAUCAAGGUGUUGGUGAUGCAGAUCAGAGUUAUCUGAACGAAUUUGCUUUUUUGGAGUCUGCGAAUCACCCACCACCACAACACCAAGUAGUUGCCCAGCCCAACGGUUAUGCACUACACAUCGAUACUCGUAGUACCACAACGUCUUUGAACUAUGCAGCAGUGGCUUCCUACCCUAGUUUACGUCGAACUCAUCGAGUCUCUCAAAUCACUAAACCUAAACAGAGUACCAAAAUGGAAGAAUAUCGUCGUAAUCAUAGUUCCCAAGGAACAGUAGGCUCCUUAAUCAAUGAUGCUCAAGCUUCACUAUUGACUCCACCAUCGUCGUCAGUAAACGCUACACCAAUAGGCAACAUCCCAAGCUCACUAUCCAUGUCGGGAUUAUCCAUGUACUGCACUGACGACUUACAAAUGCAAUACUUGAACUUGGACACACUCGACGACUCGAAUGGCAACGAUGAGUAUUCUCGUCUCGUAGCCAGCGCUAUGAACGCUCUUGGAAGCAAUAUAGCAGUCUUGCAUGAUUCAGAACGUGGAUGGACUAUGGCUCAUUAUGCUGCUUGGAUGGGAUCUGUAUCUUCUAUAUGUGCUAUAAUAUCUCGGUUUGAAGGUGCCGAAUUGGUAGAAGAUGUGUUGAGUAAGGCGUUGAAUUCGAAGGAUGGGAAGGGACGUACUCCAUUUAUUAUCGCUUGUCACCGUGGUUAUGAAGAGGUUGUUCGGGUAUUGCUCGGUGCUGUUUCAUACACUAUCGAUGAUACAUCAAUACCUCAUUUCGACCCUCUACGACUCACAAUCGCGAAUGGCCAUGUCGCCAUCCUUACUCUAUUACUACAACACCACAAUCAAGACACAUAUCCUUCAGAAUGGGACUCUCUACUGCACAUUGCAAUAUCAUGCUGUCUCUACCACCCACCACACCUCGCAACUCAACUAAUCAACAUCCUCAUCACAAACGGAAGCUCCAUCUUGCAACGAGAUUCAAUCGGCAGCACACCAUUACAUCGAGCAUGUGAAUUCGGUCUACCACUAUCGGUUAUCACGGGUUUGCUGAUGCAUCCCGUGAAUAAUGAGGCCGCGCCUAGUAGUGAGGUGUUGGGUAAUGGAGAGUCUGAUGAUGGUGGUGGAAAUAAUGGUGAAAGGAAGGAAUCUGAUGCUGACAGAAAGGGUCCAAACUCCUUGUCUAUUUGUAUGGCUGCCAUCUCGUUGACUGACCGUGUGUAUGGACGAACGGCAUUGCAUUGGGCUGCUGCUACUGGGAGAAUCGAAACUGCAAAGUUUUUGAUCAACUUGGGUGCUAUAAUCGAGAUUCGAGACUUGCGUGGCCAUACUCCACUACUGGUAGCUGCUGUAGAAGGACAUAUUGCAAUGAUCAGGUUUCUCAUUAAUGAAGUUGGAGCCAUGUCUGCUAUGGAGGACUAUGAAGGUCGAAACAUUGAAGGAUUGUUGAGGCAGCGAUUGACCUUAGACUUGUAA